CCCCGCUCCCAGCGCUGCUACUCCAGCCAACGCGCUGUGAAUAGAAUGAGCUGGACUCUGGCAGGUGAGCCAGCCCCUCCCUGGCCUGACCCAGCCCCCUCUGGGCCACAGCUUAAAUCCUGGCCUGGCUCAGUUCCGGGCACUCAGACCCGGCUCCCGGCACACCAUGGAGUCAGGAGGCAUCUUCCUCCCCCUGGGGCUCCUGGCCGUCUGGGCCGCGCUGCCACCUGCGUGGGGGCAGGAGAAAGGAGGUAAAGUGGGUGAAUGUCCAGCAGGGAGGAUUGAGUUUGUGCGUCCCUCCAGGAUCUACUGUCUCUCAGACCGGAGCUGCCCAGGGAACGAGAAGUGCUGCAAUACUGGGCAUAUGAGAACCUGUCUCCUCCCUGACAGAGUGAACCCAGGCUACUGCCCGGAGCCCAACACCAGGGUGGCGGAGCCCUGCCUGGUGAGCUGCCGGAAUGACUCUGCGUGUGCCGGAGGGGCCAAGUGCUGUGCCGAGGGCUGCCAUGUUCGCUGCACGAGUGCCCAGCCAGCCAAGCCUGGCGCCUGCCCACAGAGACGAGUGUCGCAGGAUUUCACUCCUUGCACAAACCAGUGCGACGACGACAGGCACUGCCCCGAGGGCCAGAAAUGCUGCUUUGCUGGCUGCGGCCUGGUCUGCAUGAGCCCCUACACAGAGAAGGCCGGCGUGUGCCCCGCCGUGCAGCUGGAGCAGCCCGAGGGGCUGUGCCUGGACGCGUGUGUGGACGACGCUGACUGCCCCGGAGACGAGAAGUGCUGUGCCACAGGCUGUGGGUACAAGUGCCGAGUGCCCCUUGCAGUGCGGCCCGGCGUGUGCCCAGCCGUAGCCCAGCGGUUUCUCGUCUCGUGCCUGCGGAUGUGUCGGAGCGACAGGGACUGCCCCGCCGCGAGGAAAUGCUGCAGCAAUGGCUGUGGGCGGCUCUGCAUGGUGCCCGUGCUCGUGAAGCCUGGCCUGUGCCCAGCUCAAGCCCCCGAGGGCAGCGAGGACCCAUGUUUUUUUCGAUGCCUGAAGGACAGUGACUGUCCAGGGAACGGGAAGUGCUGCUUGAUCCACUGUGGCCGCGCCUGCCUCUCCCCGACGCAGGUGAAGCCCGGCGCGUGCCCAGCAGCGCUCAGAGGCUCCCUGGGGCCCUGCGUGGAGGGAUGCCGCAGCGACAGCGACUGCAGCAAAGCGGAGAAGUGCUGCAGCACCGGCUGCGGCCAUGUCUGCAAGCCACCCAGCGAGGAUAUCUGCCAGCUCCCUGCCGAGAUGGGCAUCUGUGACGCCGACCUCCCUCGCUUCUUCUACAACACCAGCUCCGGGAAGUGUGACAGAUUCAUCUACGGGGGCUGCCAGGGGAACCCCAACAACUUCGAGGGGGAAGCGGAGUGUCUCCAGGCCUGCGGGGGCCCCGUGAGGCCGGGGGUCUGCCCUGCCCGGGCCGGAGAGGGCCAGGCUGACGAGUGCGUCUCGCCGUGCUCCAAGGACAGCGACUGCCCCGCCAGCGAGAAGUGUUGUCUCCGGAGCUGUGGCCGGGCCUGUGCCCCGCCCGUGCAGGUGAAGCUGGGCCGGUGCCGCAGGACGCUGUUCGUGUGCACGGGGGUCAUCACCGCCGAAUGCGACUCCGACGCCGAGUGCCCCGGCUCGCACAAGUGCUGCCCAGUCGGCUGUGCCAGGAAGUGCGCCCCUGCUGAGACAGCGCCCAGAGGCAGCGACAGCCUCCUCCCUGCCCGUGACUGGGUGAGACCUGGGACCUGCCCCCCUGAUCCGGUCCGAUGUGCCCACUCAGCACCGGCCCACUGCUCCGGUGACCCCGAGUGCCCGGGAAUGCGGAAGUGCUGCUAUAUCGCAUGCAGAUUCCGCUGCGUUGACCCGGCACAAGAGAAGCCCGGCUAUUGCCCGGUCCUCAUGCCCGCAGGCCUGAACUUCAGUAAGAGCUGCCGCCCCUGCCUGGCGAACAGAUCCUGCUCCACCUGCUUUCGGGAUGCGGAUUGCCCAGGCCCGGAGAAGUGCUGCCCAGGCCGGUGCGGAACCCGCUGCUCGGAGCCCGUUUCCAACUUCUGCCAGCUCAGCCCCGACAUUGGGCCCUGCAAAGCCUGGGUCCCUCGGCUCUUCUACAACUCCAGCUCCAGGCACUGCGAGCUGUUUAUCUACGGCGGCUGCCAGGGGAACCAGAACAACUUUGCUGUGGAAGAGGAGUGUCUGCAGGCCUGCGGGCCCCCUGACAUCUGCAAACUGCCCCCUGAAGCGGGACCCUGCGACGCCACAUUGCCCCGGUUCGUCUACAACGCUGAGGCCGGGCGGUGUGACAGGUUCACGUACGGCGGCUGCGACGGCAACAGGAACAACUUUGAGACGGAAGCCACGUGUCUCCAGGCCUGCGCAGGCCACGGUGAGGUGUCAGCUCAGCGGCUGGGGCCCCGAGCCCUCCCAUCGGGCCGCCAGCUUGGCCAAGCUGCGGGUUUGGUCAGUGGCUCAGCCACUUCCCUCAGAAAGUCCCUCCAGAACUUGGGGUUCUCUUCUGAGCCUGGGGCCUCACAGACCUGCCUUCUGGACACAUCGGUCUCGAAGCCUCCCCGCUAGCCCUGCCAGGGCGAGGGCCCUCUUGGACCCCGUCUGUGGGCAAGGCCUAUGAAUGACGUUAGCUGGCCUCUCUGCAGUGUCUGGACCCUCCUCCCUUGCUCCCUGGAGACCCACUGAACCCACUGACUGGCACAGGCUCCCUGCUGCUGACGCACUCGGGCCCCUCUGACUGUUUGCUCUUUAGGGUUCCCCUUAGCCCCCCUAAUCGCCCACACCCAUUCGAGCUGCCUGCCGACCCCAGGUGGGCCCAGAGGGGCUGAGAUUCCCCAGCUGGCUGGGGAGCAGGAGUCCUGUGCCCUGGGCUCUGGCCUGUCCUCGGCCCUGCCCCAACCACUUUCUCCUUCUCUUUCAGGCGUGGCCUAGCCCUGGCCAGAAUGGGGCUCCAUGGGGAAGCUGCAGUCCCUGGGGACCAGUCCCAUUCACCCAACAUGACCCUUUGAUGCAAUGCUCUUCUGCUGUCAAGUCCCUGUCCUGUGUGGAAAUAGGUUUUUCUGCAUGUGCUUCUCACAAACUUGUUACUGUGUCCCUGGGGUAAUGGGGUCUCACCGGAGGUGCUUGCAUUGUUACAGAUAAAGGGAUGUGGCUGAUUCAAACCUGUUCCCCCUCUAGUCUGGAUCAUUAGCCGGUGUCUGAAAUGCAGAACAACAUUUCCACACUGUGCCUGCAACAGCCUGCCCCUGGCACUCCCCACCUCCACCCCAUCAGGCACCGAUCGGCAGGGUUUGCUCCUGUGCACUGGAAUCUCGGUGUGGCCCAGUCAGACUCACGCAGUGCAUUGCACGUGCCUGUGGAGAUGUGACCAGCCCAGGGGAGAGAUUUAGCUGCUUGGAGCAGGGCCUGUGUCUUCCCCUGGCCCCACUCAGAGCGGAGCCCUGAGAGUUGCACAAAGAAUAGAAUCGGGGUGGGCCGCCCUUUGCCCUGCAGGAUUAUUUUGUCUCCCAUUUUCUCAGAUUUUUUCAGAUGCUUUUAUAGAAUGCGGGUGCAUUUGCAACACAAUUUGCAUACACAAUUCCUACAGUUACAUGCACAAGCAUGGUAAAUGCAGCUAGAUGCCCUGCCAGCUAUUUGCCUGGGCACUUAUCACCACUGAACAUGCAUCCUAACACCUGGGCCCAAUGGCACCCCCUCUUAUUCUUCAUCCACGGGCAAGGAGAGGCUGGGGAAGGGUGCUUGCGUUCCGCACAGUUGGCUGGAUUGUCUCUACCUCCUUCCAGCAUGACACCUCUCAGCCCCUGGGCAGUAGCAAUCCGAUGGCUGAGGUGCUCCCUCGGGAUGGUGUCUCAGGCAGACACCGGGUCUCUGCUGCAGGGGGUCAGCCUGAGAUCACACAGACAGUGGGGCCAUGACCCUGUCAUUCAGGAUCACUGCACACAGGAAAGGCUUCGUUUGCACCUUACAGGAUUGAAACAGGAUCCGGAUGCAGAUCUGCUGGUGUCUCAUGCGCUACCCAUUUGGGGUGACUCCCAGGGUCGGCAGGCCCCACUCCCCCAUACCAGAGUCUGACCUGUGUGGUCCAAGCUCAGACCAUCCACACACCCAAAGCUCUGGCACAUGCUUUGCCAAACUGAGGCCAAACAUUUCCCAAGAGGCCAAGGAAACCGUUUUUGCUCCCAUGAUGUCUCUGUUCUGUGACACCAUUUCAUGUCUCCUCCAAGGCCCUUCAGGCCUGGCCGCGAACAUUACGCUUCUCAGCUGUCAUGUUAAAGGGCCCCAGAUCACUUUGGUCUUUGUUUCAGUUCUGUUUAUUGAGGAUUUUCCAUAUUCACUGAACCCCGAGCGAACAGAGAGACAAUAUAAUACAGCAGUGCAGGACUCCCCAGUAGACAAGCGUAUGGCAUGUCAGAGUUUAACCCAAAUCCUUAUCGUUGCUGAGCCCCUAAGGGAGA